UGUACCCACACAGACGACGAAAGAGCUCUUGUCGGAACGUGGGUAUCGGAAGAAGUCAAGCUGGCGAUAAAGAAAGGUUACCGCGUCACACAUAUUUACGAAGUCUAUCAUUUCAAAGAAUCGUCUACUUCCCUGUUUCGUUCCUACAUUGAUCUCUUUCUGAAGAUCAAACAGGAAAGUAGCGGUUGGCCUUCGGAGUGUGUGACGGAAGAAGCCAGACUGAAGUACAUUCGCCAGUAUGAAGAAAGAGAGGGCGUCAAGUUGGACGCUGGAAAGAUUUCCAAGAACCCUGGGCGUCGACAAGUUGCCAAGUUGGCCCUGAACAGUUUCUGGGGCAGGUAAGAUGAUUUCUUUUGUACUUAAAUUUUUUGUAAACAUUUUUAUUUUUUUAAUUCGUUAUGAUUUAUGUUGGAUUUUGUUUUUCAGAUGGGGUAUGAACAUAAACAAAGGACAGCUUACCUAUGUACAUACGGUGCCAGACUUUAAUAAGAUGAUGGCUGAUCCUACCAAAAAAAUCAAAGAUGUCUUUCUUCCCACGCCUGAGGUGGCUGCAAUACAAUGGGAGUCUGCCAAGGAGUUUGUGCCGCAGGAUGCCUCGACCAACAUUUUUCUAGCGACGUUUACGACAGCUUGGGCUCGUCUCAAGCUGUACAGUGAAAUGGAGAAGCUGGGUCGAGACGUCCUGUAUCACGACACAGACUCCAUCAUCUACGCUACCAAUGGUCGCAAUGAUCCUCCCUUGGGUAACUUCUUAGGGGAAUUUACCGACGAACUGGAUGGAGAUAUUAUCAAAACCUUCGUGUCAGGAGGUCCGAAAAACUAUGCGUACCAGACGGCCACUGGGAAAACCUGCUGCAAAGUCAGAGGAUUUUCGUUGAACUUCCGAAAUUCCCAGCUCUUAAAUUUUGAAGCCAUCAAAAGUCUGGUCUGCAGUCCUGGACCAAAAGUGAUGUCAUAG